CUCUUUCUUCUUUCCUUCAUAUAAUUUUACCCUCUUUUCUUGUUAUUGUUCUUCUUCUUCUUCGUUUCGCUCUGUGAUUUUUUUCAAUUCUUGACCUUACUUUGAUCUCCCAUGGCUAUGGAUACUCUAUACGAUUACCACAUAUGGCAACCUGAAGAAGGUGAAGAUGAUCUUAAUGUUACCAUCUCCAAUUCUCACUUGCUUCCUUGUAACUGUUUCCUUUUCCACCUUCACUUCCGCCACAUUCUUCAGUCAAAUCACUCUCAACAAUUUCACUAUCUCCUAAAUUCUUCUCUAUCUUCUUUCUUGAUACCUUGCGAUGUCUUUUUCGCUACUGCCUCCAGUAUCCUCAUCGCUGUUUUCUCUGGCACCGGUGUCGCACAAGACUUCUUGGACACGGCUGUGCCUGACGUUCUCUCUGUCGCCGCUGAUAUCGCAUGCAAUCCUCUUAAUGCUGGCCGUACCAUACUUCCGUUGGCGGUGUCCGUUUUAGUUGUUUCGCCCUACAAUGAACGCCAGGAAAUUGGGCGAGUCUUACGGGAAUCAUCCCCGCAAGCGUUUAAGACGUUGCCAGCUAGUGAGAUGGCAAUCGAAGGUUUGAAGAAAGUGGAGAUUGAUGUUGGUGGAGAGUUGUUGAUUGGAGAAUGUAGGAUAUGUUUGGAUGAACUCAUGAAUGGAAUGGAAGUUACGCGAUUGCCGUGCGCUCAUCUUUAUCAUAGAGACUGUAUUGUUAAAUGGCUGGAGACGAGUCAUUUGUGCCCCUUGUGCCGGUACGCAAUGCCGCUGAGCUGAAUGGAUAGAAUUUGCAGGGAUCAACGGUUGUACAUGAUGAAAUUGAAUUUACAACGGGGAAUGCAUGGAAGCUAAAUAUACAUUGUAUAGUUAUCAUUUGUUGAGUAUUGGGAAGAUGUAAAUUGACUGACCGAAGAUAAAGAACCAACAACAAAGCCUAGUUUUUGUUAGUUUUCAACUUAGCUGAUGUAGAGAAGCAAGAAAAUAAAGUGGACUGGUCCUUGAAACUCCAUUGACCUUGAAACAUAUAGAUCAAUCUAACAGAUAAUAGAAUAUGAGACAGAAGUUCAGUUUGAAGGUUGACAAUGAUUUUAGGAUGCUGAUGAAACCUUCGCGGUCACUACUUUUUGAAGAACAGCUCAAUCAGAGAAGAUUUUUAUGGGGCAAAGCCAACCAGGGUAUGGCCAUGAUCUCUAGAGGGGCAAAUUGUUGAUGUUUUUACUAUUGGACAAGCUUUGUUCAAGAGAAAUUUGCAGAUAGAAAUUCAGACAGCAAAAAGGAUCGCUUGAAGAGAGACAGAGAGAGCAGGAAGCAGGGAGUAUGCCUUUGCCCACAUCCAGAAGAAAUGCUUAUGCCAAUACAUUGCUGACUAAGGUGAGUGCAUAACAUUUGUGUCUCAAUUAAGAAGCAAAAUAUAUUAUGAACAAGGGCUAAUUGAUCAUGAGACUUUAUUUCCAAUACUAUGAUGUACAGCCAAGGUAGUUUAUCAAAUAUUUGAAAUAGAUUUUCUUAAAGGAAA